AUGGGUUCAUCAGAGAAGGGAUCAAAGGACGUCAUGAGUGACAUACCAACCUUCAGCGUAGAGAAUCUCCAGAACAAUUUGAAAGUCAUACAGAACAGCCGGACGUUUCUGUCUAUCAUCGCUGGAGUCCUUGCAGGAGUAAUUGGAUUCACAGGCUUGACCGGUUUUGUAUUCUACUUUGUGGUGAUGCUGAUCACAUCAGUUGGGCUCAUGGCCAAGGCAGGAUUCUCAGCAGACUUGUACUUUGAUUCGUGGAAUCGGGUCCUUUUUGACGGCUUUCUUGGUGGCCUCAUGUCGUUUGUGCUCUUCUGGACAUUUGCAUAUGACUUGGUGCACAUAUUCUGA